AUGGGAACCUUUUCUUUACGAAGCGUAGCCAUGCUUGCUGUAAGAUGCUGGUUCAUCUUGGGAAUGUUUAUACCUUGGGCAGAUUUAGAUGCCAGUGGUCUUGCAAGGGUCAUUUGCAUGGUUGCAACCGAGUAUGUUGACAGGUCUCAGUGGUCUCCAACUGAGUAUGUUGGCGAUUUGUAUCUAAUGUUAGCUAUCAAAAAAAGAAAGGGGGGUGAUUAUGAUGAUGACAUCGUUUCUAGUCUCUGGCAAUUUCAUCUUGCCUUUGUGGUUUCUUAUAUUAGCAGAAGCUAG